GGCCCGUGGGGGCUUGGCACGCCGUGAGCGAGAGGGCUCCGCCAUGUUAUCAUCGGGGGCGGUGGGGACGGCAGGACGGGCCCUGAGCCGGGCCUUGAGCCUGAGCCACGGGCUGGGCACGGUAGUGGUGGAGCGCUGGUGGCAGGUGCCCCUGAGCAAGGAAGGGAAGCCGCCCAGGCUGCACCCCCGGCGGCACCGCGUCUACCGCCUGCUCCAGGACUCCAAACACCUGCCCAGGGGCUCCAUGGAGCUCCUUCUCACCCAGGCCGUGGAGGACCUGGGCACUCGUGGGGAUGUAGUGAGUGUGAAGAAGAGCCUGGGGAGGAACAAGCUCCUUCCCCAGGGAUUGGCUGUUUAUCCAUCCCCAGAAAAUCUUCGCAUGUUCCAGGAGGAGAAGAAGGAAGGGAAGCUGGAAGUUCUCCAAACCCAGAGCGGGGAGAAGACCCUCAGAUUCCUGCGGAGCUGCCGCCUGGAGGUUGGGAUGAAAAACAACGUCAAGUGGGAGCUCAGCCCCGAGAUCGUGGCUCGGCACUUCCUCAAGAACCUGGGGGUGUUUGUGCCCCCCCACGCACUGAAGCUGCCGGAGGAGCCCAUCACGCGCUGGGGGGACUACUGGUGUGACGUCACGGUGAACGGGCUGGACACGGUGCGUGUCCCCAUGGCCGUGGUGCAGUUCCUGCACCCCAAAACCAAGCGCUACCGGCACUGGGUGCAGCAGCAGCAGAAGGAGCUGCAGGCCCGCAGGGAGCAGCUCCUGUGAGAUCC